GGGUGGGAGUCUCUUGGGGAAAGGAGGACAGACCUGCACUUCUGGGAGAAUGGGAGAAGUUGGAUGGAUAGCGGUGUUUGUGAUGACUUUCAUCAGCUGCAACGCCUUCCUGGAUCUGUCUACUGUCCACCAGGUCACGGGCACUUGGAUGGCAUCCACCACUCUCCCAUGUACCUAUGUGCCUACAGAAGAUUUCACCCAGCAAUCGCUCAGCUGGAGCGUGGAUCACGGCUCUGGCACCUCCACCAUCUUCCACAGGGACGGCACUGGUGACCACAUCCUGCUCUCCAAAUUCCGAGGCCGAGUCAGCGUCCCAAAGCACAACCCAGGGGACGCCUCACUCCUCAUUCAGAACCUUGAAAUGCCCGACAGUGGACACUACACUUGUCAAAUCGUCUGGAGGUCCAGAGAUAACAACUUGAUAACAAAAGAGGUGACCACUAUAGUUAAAGUUGUCAAAGUGGCAGCCACCAAGCCCAUCAUCAGAGCGGCGGAGCCGGGGCUGACGCUGCCGGCCGGAGGCAGCACCAGCCUGAGCUGCGAGGCCGGUGGCUCCCCUCCCAUCAGCUACCGCUGGUUCCGCCGCGGCCCGGCGGGCACGGCCGAGUUCCUGCGCAGCGGGGCCGAGCUGGCCUGGCGCAGCCUGCGGCCCUCGGACAGCGGCACGUACUUCUGCGAGGCGCACAACAGGGCCGGGGCCGGCGCCGUGCAGCGCAGCGAUGCCGUGCGCCUGACGGUCACAGAUGUGCCCACAACAACAGCAGCCUUGCAGAGGAAUGUGAGAACCACGGGGGGACUCCACCCAACCACAGGUCAGGAUGUGCCCACAACAACAGCAGCCUUGCAGAGGAAUGUGGGAACCACGGGGGGACACCACUCAACCACCAGUCAGGAAGACAGUAGUGACAUUGAGCAUACAGUGACAGAUCCAGUCCCAACCACACGGGUCUCCAGGAUGGAUACUGCUCCAGUGGGGCCUAUCACAGACACAGGUUCCCAGCGGCUCGCCCCGUCCCCGCUGCUGUACUGGCUGCCGGCCGCGCUGGGCGGCGCCGUGCUGGGCGCGCUGCUGGCGGCCGCGCUGGGCUGCUGGCGGCGGCGGCGGAGGAAGGACGAACCUCUCUAUGAAGUUGCUUUCCGCAGAACUGCAGAUGUCGCCCUGCUGCAGCCUGAGGUGGAAGUCCCUGCUAAGUGCCAACAGGAGGAAAUGUACUGUAGCCCUGAAAAGACCACCAUGAAAGACAGGAAAAGCCCUGAGUAUGAGAACCUUGUGACUGCAAUGGAAUCUCAAUAUGAAACAGAAGGAAUUUUGUAAAGGACCAGCUUUUCCACAUAAGCAGCCACGCAGGGCUGCAGGUGCUGAAUAGUGAACUCAGCAGAAGGAAACUCUGCCUCCUGCUGUCUCUCUGUUCUGCUCUCACUGCUUGCUUUAACCCAGAGGAGCUGCAUAACCUUUUGGUCUUUGGCAGACCAGGCCCUGCCUGCAGGAGCAGAAACCCCCAGCCAACUGUGUGUCUACUCACUUCUAUAGAGCAAGUUGUUUCUCAGCAACCUGAAGGACCCAGGGCAGGAAGAAAGGAUCUGAAGGAGUGAGAACAUGAAAUUCUUUAGCCUGUAAAUCCAAGAGUAAUUUGUGCAAUGCUGCCAGUCAGUAACACUAGCAAGGGAUACUCUCCAAUGUGUGUUCCUGUUAAGACAUCCCAGGCUGCAAGGAACCAGGAUUGUGCUGGAAAUGGAGAUCCUCUGGCUUUUGCAGUUCAGCAAAUACUGGUUGUACAUCCUGCCUGUGCUUGAAUCUUUUUGUUGUUGUUGUUGUUACAGCUUGGUAAAGGGACCCGCAGAGGGGAGGUUGAUGUCCUCGGAAUGCCAUUUUUGCUAUCAGGAUGGAGCUCAGUGCUCAGAGAGAAUGAGUCUCUGAACUGUCACUCACUGGUUUUCUCCUGGAAAACAAGAACUGAUGUUGAAGGAAAUGCUGGCAUUUAAUUUUUACAAUAUGGGGGCCAGAGGCAUGAUAAAAUAGAAAUUUGAGGCAUUUGGAUAAUGAUUAAGGGGCCUCUCUGAAUACAACAGGCUGACACCAAUUUACUCUGGGGGAUGUAAGUCAAUCUGUGUGAUUACUGUGCAACAUGUAGAUGCAGUUCCUGCGUUCAGCUGCAGUGCAUUCCCUACAGUACACUGUCACUCAGCAGCCUGAUUUGCCUUGUCACUGUUAAUUGUUUGCAUCUUGCCUGGACUGCAGUGCUGCUGUCAGUUCUGUCCUCUCUGUCUGUGCCUCCAGCCAGCAUCUCUUUGUCCUCCAGGGACUUGGCAGGGAGGAGGAAUGCCUUUGGCUUUAGCACACCAAAUUUGUAAGAAUUACUGGCUUUUUUAUAUCAGUGGGUGCAGCAAAGAAAGCAUGGGGAAGCAGCUGAGCGUGUCACACACACCCUCCUGCUGGGCCCUGACUUCACCCACAAGGCCGUGAAUCAUCUCUGUUUGGGUCAGCAGCCUAACAGCAGGGUCACUUUGCUGUUUGUGGCCUGAGUGCUGUGUAGAGCCACACUUUUACCUUAACAGCUCUGAAUUGCAGGAUGUGAGCUGGGAAAGAUCAGAGAAAAAAAAUCUCCUGCCUAUAUUGUGAGGGCUUCACAAGCAUGGUGACAGCCAUGCAGGGAGGGCUGUGCUGGCUGCCAGGCUGCACACCAGGGAGGCAGACAGGAUCCAGUCUGUCCCUGUGGGACACAUGGCAGCCAGCCCUGAAGACUUCAUGCUGCAGAAGCUGCUGGCAUCAGCAGUUCCAGGGGUGGUGCAGAACAAAGGAUUUGAGGGGAAUGGAGAGCUGCAGCCAUGCUCAUGCAGGGCAGUAGCAUAUGGUGCAAGGUCAGUACUGGGUGAAAAGGGAACUGAAAAUUUCUCAGCUUCCCCAUCCUUACCUCAGCAAAUCUAGGCCCAAAACACAUGACAUGGCACUCUCCUUUCCCUUCCCCCCACAUAUAAUCCUCAUUCAUUUUCAAUUAGCUUGGUAGUUUGUGCAAGUUUUCCUGCUGUUAAAAGCUCUGAGCUCCAGGUUCACUCAUUGAGUAUGUAACACCAGGGUUUUUCCAUCUUGUGAUUCCUCCCAGCACUGAUCUGCUCUGACAAGGUCUGAAUGCCUUCCUCAGAAGACAUGAAGCCUGGGAGAAGCUACAGAGGAAGAAGGUAACAGGAGCUAAGAAAGGGGGAGCAGAUGGACCCAGAUGGACCAGCCCCCAUCCAUGUACUCCAUGUUGACACUUCUCUAGUUAGGGCAGCAACAGGACUUUGGUCACAAAUAGCAGAAGAGUGGAAACAUCAGAAGCCUGUCUCCAGUGCUGAGGUGUUUUUCCCUGGGUAACAAGUGUGUGAUUAUUUCUGUAUUUUACUUUUUGCA